AUGAGUAAUGCGGAUGUGAUACUCCGUUCCGCCGAUUUGAUGGACUUCCGAGUGCAUACUGUGAUCAUCUCGAUGAUAUCCACUGUUCUCGGAGAACUACUCGCGACUCGGAGUGUUUGCGAGGAGAGGAGAUGCGGUCUACCGAUCAUACCCUUACUCGAAGACGGAGCAACCCUCUUCAACCUCCUGCAGCUAGCCUAUCCUGUGCACGAGUCCGCCACAGGAGAGGCGACGAUGGGCAGAAUCGAUCAGUGGGCGGCCAUUUUUGCAGCGGCAAGGAAGUACAAGAUGAACGGAGUUGCUCAGACAUUGCUAAAACGCUUUACGUGUUUGGGCGAGGAAGAUCCGCUAUCGGCAUACUUCAUUGCUUGUCGUUUCGGCCUUCAGGAGCAAGCGAUCGAAGCCGCAAGAUUGGACCGGGGGCUACUGCUACAGCACGAUAGAUCUCCCGAGAUGGAGCGAGCGUCCGCUGGAAUCUACUUCCGGCUACUCGAAUAUCAACGACAUUGCAUCCAAGCCGUGAAUGCUGUUAUUCUAGAUCAAGUAUGGUGGACGCGCAAGGCUAGAUCUCUGGGGGAUUCCGCACAUCCACAAUGCCUCACGGCAUCGAGCGAUAAUAGCGAUGAUCAAAGUCCGUGCUGGAUAUUAGCAGUCGCGCGCGCAUUGCAGGCGCUGAUGCCCGGGAAUGGGUUCCGGGGCAACGUCCGGCGUGCAUCGUCUAGUGGUAUACUGAAUUUUAUGAUCGUAUUCAAGAAGCUGCAGACUCCGAUCCCGUUCUGCGACUCAUGUGCGAGUUUGGAGGUCGCGAGAUCAGUACACGAGAUAUGGCCACUUGUUGAGCAAGACGUGGACGCUAUCGUGUCCCAAGUGCCAAGUUAUAUGCCAUAUUAA